AUGGGUGGCAACUUAUCGAGCAUGGAGAAUGAUCAAGAAUCAUCCAAGAAAUCCUGCAACAUUCUCACCUUCCAAUCCACUGCUAAAUGGAAGACUCAUUUUGAUGCCUCCAAAGAAAUUAACAAGUUGAUGGUGAUCGAUUUCACGGCUACAUGGUGUGGACCUUGCAAACACAUGGACCCAAUUAUCCAAGACUUUGCUGCAAAGUACACCAACGUGGAAUUCGUGAAGAUUGAUGUGGAUGAGUUGAUGGGAGUGUGUGAAGAAUUCCAGGUGCAGGCAAUGCCAACGUUCAUAUUGAUGAAGAAAGGGAAAGUUGUUGAUAAGGUGGUGGGAGCUAAAAAGGAAGAGCAUACAAAAGCUCAUUGA